AAUACUCUGUAUGUGGGUCAGAUCUUUUCUUAUGCACAACACAAUAUUAUAUACACAAGCGAGGAUGGACUUCACUACCAUUAAUAUGAUAGGGUCCAUACCGUCGGUGGAGACUACACCCAUGUGAGAUGAUUUCCACCGCAUUUCACGUACGCAAUACUGUAUUACUGUGGAUUGGAGACCGCUUAUCAUGCACACAACACUGUAGAUAGGAUCUUCUCUCCUCACACAUGCUACCGAACUUCGGUUAACGUUAAAAUGCGUGACGGAAGGGAGUAUGUUAUCAACUUUUUCAGAGAAGCGACAACAACAUACUGUUCUCUCCCUCCCUCUCUCUCUCUCUCUCUGUGCAUGUGGACCGCACGUUGUAUGACCCAGGAUCACAAUUCACAAAAUGACAAUUCCAGCACCAUGUGGCCAUGCUCAACACAACUACAUAAGUCCCCCAAUACUUGCUUCUUUCAUUUCUUAGGCAUGUUCUUCAGUUACUCACUUCUUUAUCUUCAGUUACUCUAGAACAAAGAUAACAACAGCUUUUCUUUCAUUCUGUGGGGAAAGCUCUAGAGUUAUUUUAGCAACUAAAUACUUUCUAUAUAUAGACACACACAGUCACACACACCUAUUUUGCAAUACUCUUCUUUUCUUGGUUCAUCAUCCUCAUUUCUUCAUAACUUGUUCUCAAUGGGUCAGCUUCAUGUCUUCUUCUUUCCAUUCAUGGCACAUGGCCACAUGUUACCAACUAUGGACAUGGCCAAACUAUUUGCUUCACAUUGUGUGAAAACAACCAUAAUCACCACUCCUCUAAAUGCUCCUAUCUUCACCAAAGCAAUCCAAAGAACCAAAAAUUUGAGUACCCUAAUCUCAAUCAGUGUCAUCAAAUUCCCUGCAGAGGAAGCUGGCUUGCCCCAAGGAUGCGAAAACAUCGAUCAAAUCCACUCUGAAGACAUGGCUCCCAACUUCUUCAAGGCCAUCAAUAUGCUCCAAGAACCACUCGAGCAUGUCAUAGAAGUAGGCCGUCCUGAUUGCCUUGUCGCGGAUAUGUUCUUCCCUUGGGCAACCGAUGUUGCAGCCAAAUUUAGCAUUCCUAGAAUUGUUUUUCAUGGAAUCAGUUUUUUCGCUCUAUGUGCUGGGGAGAACAUGAGACUCUACAAGCCUCAGAAGAAUGUCUCAUCAGACUCCAAACCCUUCAUCGUGCCUAACCUUCCUCAUGAGGUUAAGAUAACUAAAAUGCGACUAGCAGAUUUUGACAAAGAAGAUAUUGAGACAGACUUUAGCAAGUUUUUAGAUAAAGCUAGAGAGACAGAGAUGACAAGCUUUGGAGUUGUAGUUAACAGCUUCUACGAGCUUGAACCGGCUUAUGCUGAUCAUUACAGGAGGGUUUUGGGCAGGAAGGCAUGGCACAUAGGUCCGGUAUCGCUAUGCAAUAGAGAAGUUGAAGACAAAGCACAAAGAGGGAAAGAAACAUCCAUUGACAAACUCGAGUGCUUGAAAUGGCUAGACUCAAAGAAGCCAAAUUCGGUUAUUUAUGCAUGCUUCGGAAGUUGUGCCGACUUUGCUACUUCCCAAUUAUAUGAGAUUGCAAUGGGGCUUGAAGCUUCAGGACAAGAAUUCAUUUGGGUUGUGAGAAAAGCCGAGAUUGAGGACGACAACGAAAAUUGGUUGCCAGAAGGAUUUGAAGAGAGAACAAAAGGUAAGGGCCUAAUAAUAAGAGGAUGGGCACCUCAAGUGUUGAUUCUUGAUCACGAUGCAGUGGGAGGUUUUGUGACUCACUGUGGAUGGAACUCGACGCUUGAAGGGGUGUCUGCCGGAGUACCAAUGGUGACAGCGCCGUUCUUUGCAGAUCAGUUCUUUAAUGAGAAGUUGGUGACUGAGAUUUUGAAAAUAGGUGUUUGUGUUGGUUCUCAGCAAUGGAAGAGAGUGGCAAUUGACGGCGUGAAAAGAGAAGCGAUAGAGAAGGCAGUGAAGGAGAUUAUGGCGGGUGAAGAAGCCGAGGAGAGGAGAAGAAGAGCAAGAACGCUUAAAGAGAUGGCAUGGAAGGCUGUUGAAGAAGGUGGAUCAUCGUACACUGAUUUGAAUGCUUUGAUAAAAGAAGUGAGUGCUUAUCAAGCGCAAAAACAUAUAAAAACCUGACCAGCUGUGCUUUAUAGUUUUUCUUGUAUUAGUUAGUACAUGAUGUUGUUGUAAGUUUCUGAAUUUGAUUCAAAAAAUUUGAAAGUAUUUUCUGGGCAUUGACCUGAAAUUAUUCAGUGGUUCUUGUAAUGCUAACACUAAUCAUUAAGGUGGAAAAUUGCUAGAAAAUUGGGUGAGCUAGCA